AUGCCUCACUGUCCAAGCGGCGACAAGCCCAGCGAAGUCCGUGAGCAGGUUGCCGACCCUGACUCUGAUGAGAAUUCGCUGGAACCGCCAGCCAAGCAGCGGAAGGUGACUUCCCCUGGUGGUGCGGCACCCUCCCUCCGUGAGCGCUUGGCUGCGCGAGGGGCCGAGCCACCACCGGACACUGCGCGGGGGUCGCCUGAGGCGCUGCGGGGCAAGGCCCCGGCCACGAAGACUUCGGGGCAGCAGAAGCUCCUCUUCCGUGCGCCCGCGCCCGCGGACCCGGAGUCGGCCGACCCGGAGUCGGUGGAACCGAAGUCGAGGAAGUCGACGAAGUCGGUGGCCACGCCAUGUCGAAGAAAUGAUGUUUCCACACCGAAAAGUGACUGCAAGAGCGACCUGUCAGCGAGCGCAGAUUCCACGCCAAAGGCGGCUGCUUCCCUGGCCGAGGUGGCAAAUGACAGCCCUGCCUUGAGAAGGCCGGAUAGCGAUUUGAGCGUCGCGUCGGAGCCGCAGGAUGCAGCCCUGCAGCGGCGCCGGGAAGAAGCAUCCCAGGAGAUCGCGCGGAUCUUGCCGCUGAAGCACAAGAGGUUCUGCUCAGAGGUCUUGAGGGCCAAAGGCAUUUUGGGGCUGACGGUGGAGGCCCAUGAGAUCUCCUUGGUGCAGCAGGCCUUCCGCUCGUUGAUGCGGAAACUGCACCCCGAUCGCAUCGGGCAGUGCCCAAGGGCCGCAGAGGCCAUGGAGAUGCUACAGGAGGCGAAACAGCAGUGUGAGAGAGCAUUUUCACAACUCCGACCGCCGGCGCAGCCGAAGCACCUGAGCUUCAAGGUAUUGUGUGCCACACCUGGCCGGCGAAGAAUCAGAUUAGACUGGAAGGCCCCGGAAGUCACUCAGACCUGCCCAGUGCGGCGAUAUCUGGUGGCAGCCUUGGACCCAGCAUAUGGACAAGCCCUCACCAUCACGGUCCUGGAACCUGAAUAUAACGAAAAACUAAAGAGGUUCACCACCAUAGAGGAGCUCGCAACGUACGACUUGGCAGAAGAGGAGCUGACCAAGAUGCCCCGCUUUUUUCAGCAAGCCAACGCGGUGGUGCGCGUCGCUGCAGAGAACGAGCUGGGGCAGUCCAACUGGUGCUCCCUUCAACUUCCAUUAAUCGGACUGACUGCCCUGGCACCGGCUGUUCCCAGCAUCCCCACCGCCCCAGCGCCCCAAGCUGCGGCCUCCAAGCCAUCGAAGAAGGCUGCGGCAGCAGGGCCCAGCAUUUCAUCGAAGGAGUGUCGAGACUUUGAAACCAUGACACAUUCUUUGCGCGAGAGCGGGAAUGAGUUGUGCAGUUGGCUUCGCAAACAGAGCAAGGCUUUACUAUCUGGUUGGUUGAGAUCGCAGGGCUGGCCAACGACAGGUUCAAAAGACGAGCUUGUAGAUCGAGUUGCCUUCGCGGUUGGUGCUGUCAGCAAGGAUUCGCCGGAAGAGAAGCCAUCCUUAGAGUUGGAUAGGGAAGACAUCCACAGACUGAAGGAGAUCAUGCGCCCCGAUCCCGACUGGAUAGCUUUUUCUUCGACUGAAGCACGCUGGAUCAACUUCAAUACGCAGAUGAGAGCUGUGUUUGGACGAAGCAGAAGUUGCCGCUGCGAUGAAGACAUGGUGAACGCUUGGAUCGAUGAUGCCAUGAGCGUACUGUUUCACUGGAUCUCAAAACAGAUCAUCAUGACUGAGUCGCGCUCUGCACUCUUUCGCUCCCUUGGGAGAGGUUGGAUUUGGAUCCAGCUCUCAUCCUCUGGGGUUGGCAGGGAAGACAAGAGCAAACUGCCUGAAGAGCAACGAACUCGAUUUAAAUGGUGGUUUGAAAACCUGAGCAGAGUUCUUCGGAACCGACAGCAUGACAUCCAGAAAUUGAAGUUGAAAGGUGACAUGCUCAAAAAGUACACCACUGGCUACAUGCCAAUGUCGGAGUUGGUAUUUCUGAUCUAUGGCAUUGCACCUGCGAUGCCCAUCAUCGGCAUACAAAAGUGGUCUCCUCACUACAAGGAGGUGGACCGCUGGGCCACGGACGACAUCGUGAAGCGCGCCGUGGAGAAGCCCCUAGCGUCGGAGGCGGAGAGACAGGAAUACGCUGCUCAUGUGGAGCAACAGAAGACCCGCAAACAGCGGCAGAGAGAACGGCAAAAGCUGAAGAGGCAACAGCAAAAUGGUGAAGCUCCAGCGAUGGACUUGUCGCGGCCGGCCAUGAUGGAGCAAUCCAACACAGAAUUUGAAAGCUUGCUGGCAUCUCUGAAGAAAGAAGCGGGCUUGAUGCCCGGUGAAGCUGUGAGUGGCCUGGUUUCAGGUGUUGCCGUUCUUGAAGCCUUCAUCGCCAAAGUCGAGGCGGAUCCGUUGACGAACGCCGUGGUGGUCAAAGACUAUGGCACCGCCCGGACGCGCGCUGCACGGGCGGAUGAGUGCUGGCGAUGCAGCGGCGGUCGCAGCUUGUGGGGACGACUUCAUGGCCUGCCAAUGACCGUGAAGGAAGAAGUGCAGGUACAGGGCCUCUGCAGCCACAGGGCUGAUGGCGACGGCGAGAUGGACUUGAACAAUUGCGUGGCAGUACAAAGGUUGCUGGAUGAAGGGGCGAUCAUUUUUGGAAAGACCAAUACGCCAAGUCGCUGCAGAGAUUGGCAGACCUACAAUGAGACCUUUGGUCCUACUGUCAAUCCCCAUGACCCUCAACGCAGCUGCGGUGGAUCUUCUGGUGGUUCAUGCGUGGCCGUUGCUCAGCAGCACAGCCCCGUGGAGUUGGGUGCUGAUGUGGCUGGGUCCAUCCGAGUUCCAGCAUGUUACUGCGGGGUCUUUGGAAUGCAGGGCACCUACGGCCGCAUCCCCACCACCACCUGGUGCAUCCCGCACUCCAACGACCAUCCCACCACUGAUUUGGAAGCGCUGGAAGCGCCCGUGAUUGAUGCGAGCACAGCGCAUCUCACAGUGGCACCCCAUGGGUUGAAAGUGAUAGGACCCAUUUGCAAAUAUCCGGAGGAUUUGGCCUUGAUGAAUGCAGUUCUGGAGCGGGCAGCUCCCAUGACAUCCCUUCCAAAAGUGCCGUCCGUUGAAGUUGACUCAGUUGACCAUUCUCCAGCCAUGUUUCGAGUUGCGCUCCUCUCAGAAAUCUCCACUGGCACUGGCCCGGAACCAGCCCUGAGUGGUACCAUCCUGGAUGCCUUGGACCGAGUCCGGCGUCAGUUGAGCAAAGCGGAGGCGGAGCCACUGGAGCCACUGGAGCCACUGGAGCCACUGGAGCCACUGUCGAGGUCUUGUAAGUCUUGCGGAAUCUCAGUGGUUACUUUGCGGAAACUCUUUCCUGCCAACUUUGCUGAGGUGAGCUAUGACUUGUACCACCAAAUCUUGGCCAACAGAGACCUUGCAACAGACCCAAAGGUCAUGGCAAGCAGGUCAUGGUGUCGCAUGGUGUGGAACGCCUUCUUCGAUGCGAAUGCGAUCGAUGCUGUCCUGAUGCCGAUCAGUCCUACGUUGCCGUUCCUUCGCAACGAGCUUCUAGGUGCAGAUGCCUACACCCCGGAACGAAAAGUCUGGGUAAAUGACUCGAGUGCACAUCCUCCGGAGCAAAGAUGCUACGCGGAUUAUUUUUAUUGGCCGCAUUUCAGUAUUUUGGCACAGCUGCCAUCCGUGAGCAUCCCUUGUGGACUUCUGGAAGUCCCACAGGUACAAAGUCCGUGUGAGGCAUUUACUCCAGCGUCAUGUUUGGAGCAUCCUGCCAGCAAGGUGGGAGAACCACGGUUGUGCAAGGUACCAGUGGGAUUUCAGCUGGUUGGCCGACCGCAUGCAGAUGCUCAGCUGGUGGACAUGGCAGCAGAAAUGCAUCGGAUCUUGGCGACUUGA